CGGCCUCUUGUUUUGUUGGCAGUGCUUAGAAUACAAACAGACUCCAAGUGAAGAAAUCCGAGGGUCUGCGUCUGGCACAAGAGACGGAUCUGUCAGGAAAGACCCGGCUGCCUUGGAAACAGAGAAGAAGGAGACCCAAAGGAGGAAAGCACUGAAGAAGGGGGCGGGAGGAAGAGCGGAAAGAGGUGGAGUGUUGUAUGAAGAGAGAUAGAGAGAGAAAGAGAGAGUGAAAACACAGUGGAGCCUAGAGGAAGAGUAAGUGAAUGAGGCAGAGCGAGUCGUUCUUCACACUCGCUCAUUCACAAAACAACCGAGAGACAGAGAGAGAGGCGCACAGAUGCCACAGACGCCCUCCUCCUGGAGAGAGAAGCUGAGGGCUCCUGUGGAAGGGGUCCUCACAGAUGCAGCGGUCCCUGCGUGGGGUCCUCCGGUGUCUGGGGGCGAAGCUGUGCCGCAGGAGCGCUCUGCUGGUCGUCCUGCUGUGGCUGGCCUCCUGGCUCUUCCUCAACGGACUGGUGUUCGUGCACAGGAACAUGUUCUCUGACUUCUGCACUGACCACAAGAGCAAAGAGAUCCUGCAGAGGGUGUGUGCUGAGUAUCAGCAGGGCGUUCUGACCGGUGACCUCUGCGAGGACCUCUGUGUGGCCGGUCGUGUGGAAUACAAACGCUGCCUCUAUUACGAGAAUGGCAAGAAGGUCAUGUCCGCCAGCUGGCGCGGGGUGCCUAUCGUUCUCAAGUCAAAGCUGGAGAACUUCUCCUCCUAUGAGGCUUUAGCUCUGCUGGAGUACCAGGAUGCAGCGGGAGGAGCGGGAGGCGAGGAGGAGCUCUCUCCGCUGGAUGUCGUCUUCUUCGCUACGCUGGAGAUCAAGAACUCUCUGGGUUUGGAGACGGGAGCUAACUUGACGUUGCCCCGGUUGUGGGGCCAGAAGCUGAAGGAGAACGAGCGGACGUACUCUCGAGCGGAGCUGGCCUCGCUCUGGGCUCUCCUUCAGCAGGAGGAGUACACCUUCCUCAGGGUCCUGCAGGAUUUAACCCACCACGUGGCCAAGAUCCUGGGCUCCUGUGGUCACUUUUACGCCGUGGAGUACUUGGCGGCCGGACACGCGUGGGACCAGCACAUAUUCUCUCUGGAGGAGCUGACGCUGAGCCCCUCGCCGAGCCCCUGGAGCGGACAGGAGAAGACGAUAACCGCAAGAGAUAUGGUGCCACGAGUGGCCCUGAGCUUUCUAGAGAUGGUGGAGCAUUUCGAGAACGACUUCUCCCACAGAUUACACCUCUGUGACAUCAAACCAGAGAACUUUGCCAUCAGGAAAGACCUGACGGUGGUGGCUAUAGAUGUGGACAUGGCUUUUUUUGAGCCUAAAAUGAGAGAAAUACUUGAGCAGAACUGCACCAGUGACAAUGACUGCAACUUCUUCGACUGCAUUUCCAAGUGUGACAAAACUAAAAACAGAUGUGGGCCGAAACGCAAGAACAGUAACCUUCAGGUGAUCUGUGAGAAGAUCUUCAGGCCUUGGAUUUCUCCCACGCUGCUCGGUGCUAAAGCAGGGCUCCCCCUGCAGGUGGCGCUGCAGCGGGCCGUGCAGGAGUGCGCUGAGAUGGACGAAGGGGAGGACGCCCGGCGCACGAGGGCCGUGAGAGAACAGCUACAGGAUCUGCUCGUGGAGCUCAUUCAGGAGGACACGGGACACCGGGCUGAAGGCCAGGAACACAAGAUACGGCACUUCAUUUCUAAAUGAACUCUCGAAACGGCUACGAAAGAACAAACCCAGUCAUGUGCAAUUCUGGAGAACAUCUCAGAUGACUAUUAUAGUCGCGAUAACAGCGGUUUCCAACAGCCAGAUACAUUGGCAUAGUUGUUUACUGCUAACAUUCAGAACCUCUGUUAAACCUCUGGUGCUGUUCAGCAAUUUUUGAAAGAACUAUUGUGUUUUUUUUUCUAUUUUAUUUACUUCAUUGGAAUUACAGAACAUGGUAGUGCUACGUGGCCACACGAAAAUCAUGAACGUGAUAUGGAAAGUUUAAAUGGUUCUGAAAAUUAUUUAGACUUGUACUGUUCGUGGUCGAAAAUGGAUGUACUGGAAACAGACUUCAUUUAGUGGAAACAUGGUACCAAACAAAAUCUUAAUAAAAGCAAAUUCUUUGAGAGAUCAACCUCAAAUUUGGUACAUUUAGUUUUAAUAACAAUAUUUUUGAAACUAAAAUAUAGUACAUUCAUUUAAAAGGCGAGCAGCACCAGAGGCAUAAAAGGUAUAGUUCAGUCAAAAAUGUAAAUCUAAAUCUGUUUUUCUCACCCUCAUCUUGUUCCAAAUCCAUACAGGUUUGUAAUUUUUGCAUAAACUAUCUCUUUAAGGGUGUAGAUAUGCCUCUUACAGUAAAGGCCCAUUCACACAGGUAUCGAUAACUAUAUUGAUAAUUAUAUUAGCAUCCAGACCAGUGUACAAUAACAUGGUUUCACACGGCAGUCUUUAGAUACUCAAGCUCUUUAAAGCAGGAGUUCUGAUUGGCUGUCAAUGGUUUUAUCAUUCAAAAAAAUCAUUUUGGAAGAGGUUCCAACAAUAUUGUUCUGCUAUGUUGUUGUAGUUUAGAGAACUAUUACUGUAAAUUAUAACUAUAUUGUUACUGUUAUCGUUAUAGUCAUUGUGCUUGGUGUAAUGGGCCUUAAAUAUAAAGGAAGUUCAUAUUAAAAUUGUUCAGCACAUUUUUGCUGGCGAAAUCUAGUCAUUUCAGGAUGAAAAAUGAGAGCGAAGCAGAUUUUGCAGCUGGGUCAUACAGAUUUGCCAUGUUAAACGAACAGAAAGCUGCUUGGUUUGAUGAUGUUUUCUGUGUGAGCUGCUUCAUACAUCUCUACACUACUGACAACAGACAAUGGACAUUGUUCCCGUGAAAUUUAGCUAAUGUGAAUGAACUUUAAUACUCCUUAAAAAAAAAACGUUGGAUCAUCUCAGCUAAUGUAUCCCUGUUAUUUGUUGAAAAUAAUUUGUCUACCUGUGAUUUUGUUGAAUCAUUUCAAUAAACCAUGCUCAAGCACAAUCCUUCCUUUGGUUUCUUACCCGCAGCUGCAUGCCUUCACGCCAAAUUAUAGUCUGUACGCACAUCAACACUACGCAGAGGAUCGACCCGAAAGCUCAAAGAUCAAACCAACGUUUGGUUCCUAUCGACGGAAGAGAUCUGUAGAUUUGUUUGGAUCUACCUUCAGCACUGUGGUCUUUCAGGAGACAG